CAAUGGUGGCGUUGCUUCAUUUGCGUUCUGUCUAGCUUCCUAAAAGCAAGUGUUUUGUAGUCGUUAUCUCCAAAAAUUUGUGCUCUAUCCAUAAUAAGAUUAUAGCAAUAAGUUUAUAAAUAUAUAAGAGAGUAAGUGAUAAAUAAUAAUAUAUAAAAAUAGUCCAAUGGACGUAAAUAACAUAAUAACUGAAAUAAAAGAUGGUGAACCGACGCGACCUCCAUUAGUCGAUGCGCCAUCUAUGCUUGAUAUGCAAAAACCUAAAAUUGAUGGAACUGUCAAAAAGAAGAGGAGGCGCGGGAAAUCUAAACGGAAAUUGUUGUUACCAUUUAUGAAAGCUCCUUGGCAAGAUAGACGUAAAAAUGAAAAAUCUAAGAGAAAUAAUAGAUUUCGAAAAAUUGUUUUAGCAAAGACUCACGCACCGUUUAAUAAUAAUCAAUUUUUAAUGGAGAUACAUAAACCUGAACCUGAAAAUACCUUCCAUAUUUUACACACACCUUCCGCACGUACACGUGACUCUAGUUUUAGCGUUGACUCUGAAGAAAAUUAUUUUUUUUCUCUUCCUGAAGAUGAAGAGGAAUAUCUGACUAAAGAGUUUUCCAGUGUAUAUGAGGAUGCACAAAGUGAACGAUUGUCAAAUAUGUCAAAGAAUGAACUUAUUCAAGAGUAUCUUCUGUUGGAAGCCAAGUAUGAUAAUCUCGUUAAAAGAACGGAACGUUCAAGGCCAAAAUGUUCAGAUAAUGAUAAGGAAUCAACUGCAGCAGACAAAGAAACCAUGGCAAGUGAUAAGGACAGCAUGAUAACUGAUAGAGACACUUCAGGAACAUCCAUUGUGUCUAGUGCUGACGAACCUUCAAUUGAUGAUGUAAUGCAACGUUUAAAGGAACAAGAGGAACAGAUUCAUCAACUUACAUUGGCUAAUGAAAAGUUGCAAAUAGAAAAUGAACAUUUAAGACAGAGAUCACAAAGUACUUCCAGUGAAGAUUCAGAAAGUGAUAGUUCUUCCACAUCAGACAGUUGUAGCAGUUCCAGUCAGUGUGCUAGUCCAGUAGAUACACAAACAGUAAACAUUUCAGAAAAUAUUCCUAAUGGAAUAGGACAAGAUUUCGAAGUGAAUGGAAAUACUGAAGAAUUAGAGCCUGAAUAUCCACUUGUUAAUGGUUUCCACAGUCCUAAUGAAUAAUUAGUUAACAGUAGUUUUGUUUGUAUUAAAUAGUUUGUAACAGUAUUUAAAUUUUAGCAAUAUAUUUUGUACUUUAAAUUGUGGGAAAAUUUAUUAAGCAUAAUGCAUUUAGUUUACUUGCCAGAUGUUAUAUUGUAUCAGUUAUUUUAACAAUUACUUUUUUUUCACUGUGGGAAUGUAAUUGUGAGAUCUCAUAUUAGAUUUAGUGAAAUUUUCUGUGAUAUCCUUGUGGAUAUUUUAUCAGUAGUGAUUUUUUUAAUGUACGAGUGAUGUACUAAUAUUCCAGAUAAAGAUCUCACUUUUAUGUUGAUACAGUGAGGUGUUCUAGUUGUAAGAGAAAAUGUAUGAAAAGUUAUAAUAUAUGUAUUUUAGCUAUUUGGAUAUUAAUAUUUUAUGGUUAUUGUUGGUUUUGUUAAGUAUGAGUGUCUACAAUGUAAGUUAAAAACCAAAUUUAAUGUGUCAAGUAGAUAAUAAUGUAGGAUAACUUAUUUUAAAUAUACAUUAAACAGGGAAUCAUUAAAGACAGUUAUAAAUGAGA